AUGUUCCUAAUUAGUUUCACAAUAUUGUUAACCCUUAGUAAUUACUUAGCGGAAGGGGGCGGCGGCGGCGGUGGUCACGAUUACCGUGAUGCCCUUGCCAAAUCGAUUUUAUUUUUCUAUGGCCAGAGAUCCGGCAAACUUCACGACCACGACCGAGCCCUCGGCUGGAGGGGCGAUUCUGCACUUUCUGAUGGUCAGUCGGAUGGGGUGGACUUGACGGGAGGGUACUACGAUGCGGGAGAUAAUGUGAAGUUCAAUUUCCCGAUGGCCUUCACGAUAACCGUGCUUUCUUGGGGAGUCAUUGAGAGCGGCAACAAAAUGGGGUCCGAUGACCAGUUGCCCAAGGCAAUGGCUGCAAUCCGGUGGGGCACGGACUACCUGCUCAAAUCUGCUCAGCAUCUGAAUACUACCGGCAAGUUAUACGCAAUAGUAGCGAAUCCGUAUUUGGAUCACAGGUGUUGGGAGAGGCCAGAGGAUAUGGACACUGAUAGGACUGCAUAUUACGUAACACGCGAAAAACCGGGCUCUGACUUGGCGGCUGAAAUGGCUGCUGCCAUGGCCUCUGCGUCAAUGGUUUUUCGGCAAACCGAUUCCAAAUACAGCAGGCUGCUUUUGCAGACUGCAAAAAACGUGAUGCUGUUUGCUGUGGACCACCUAGGAGCGUACAGCGAUUCCGUCAAAAUUGCAUGCCCGUUUUAUUGUUCCUACUCCGGAUACACGGAUGAGUUGCUGUGGGGAGCAGCAUGGAUGCACAAAGCAACUGGGGACGACAAAUAUGUGAAGAUGAUUGAAUCUUUUAGUGGUAAUGGACCAUCAAAUGCUUUCAGCUGGGACGACAAAUAUUCUGGUGCUUAUGUUCUCCUAGCACAGCGCAAUUUGGUUAAAAAUGACCCAACUUUUGAGCAGUACCGUCGCAAGGCGGAAGAUUACAUGUGCAAAAUACUGCCUAAAUCCCAGUACUUGAGUACACAAUACACACAAGGAGGAUUGAUGUAUAUAUUGGGAGCUACCAACUUACAGUACGUAGCAUCCGCAGCUUUCUUGCUAACGACUUUUUCCACAUACAUGUCGGCCUUAAAUCACACGUUCGCCUGUGGGAAUUUCCAAGUCACUGGGAGCUAUUUGCGCGCCCACGCAAAGAAACAAGUGGACUAUAUACUAGGGGACAAUCCAAUGAAUAUGUCUUACAUGGUGGGCUAUGGUUCGAAAUAUCCGACGAGACUCCACCACAGGGGUGCGUCUGUGCCGUCAAUCCAUAAUCAAUCUCAUUCAUUUGGAUGUGGGCUAGGAUUCAAUCUGUUCUUAUACACACAAAAUCCGGACCCGAACCAACUGACUGGGGCCGUUGUUGGAGGUCCCGAUCAAGACGAUUCUUAUGCCGAUGACCGGACAAGAUACACCCAAUCAGAGCCCACCACCUACAUCAAUGCUGCCAUAGUUGGGCCCUUGGCAUACUUUGCUGCCAAACCAAACUAA